UGUCUAACUGAAAUCGACAAUGAUGGAAAAAUCAAAGCGCCAAAUGAAUUCAACGUACAGCAUUAUUCACGAACUUAUCUUCACAUUGAGCGGUUUUGACAGUGGCUUGUUCAAAUUUGAAAACGGAAUUUAUGAGAUCAAUGGAGCUCUGCCGCUCACGCCUGGCGAGAAUAAACUGAUUGAAAAGGUUCUUAAAAUUGCUACAAAUUAUAGACGGCUCAAAAAUUUUAGCGAGGACAAUUGCAACCCAAUUUACAGCCAGUCAACUCACAAAUAUGGCACAAACACUAAAGUGUAUUUCUUGGCAUUAUGCAGUGGAAUUGAAGAAGUGCUUGAGCCAUACCGAAAAGCCAUUGUUCAUCUCGAAAACGAAAUAUUGCUCGACCCUAGCAAAUCUAUCAUGUUUGUGUUACAAAUCACAGAGGAAUACACAGUUUUGCUUCACCUUUUGAACUAUGCCGUGGACCAGAUUGAGCUGAAAGGCAAUGAUUUGAAUUGGUGUCACAUAAUGGAAAUUUUGCAAAGCAGCCCGUGUGUGAGGUCGCACAACUCAGAAGUUGCUUUCAAAAGGAUUCAGAAGCGCUGUCAUAGCAUCUUUUUGAAGCAACUCAGCGUUUGGUUGAUUUACGGAGAGCUCUUUGACACAGAGCAGUUUUUCAUCACAAAGGAUCAGAGAGAGGACAUUCCUGGAGAAGUGGAAAUGGUCCAUAUCAAUUCCGUCGCAAAUAUGUACACGGCGUACUCUGUUUUCAAGAUGAAUCCUUCGCAACUGCCGUCAUACAUUCCCAGCUCUCUUGCUCUAGAUAUUCUCUACAUAGGACAGACUGUGGUGAUGAUCAAACAGAAGCCAAGCAAUGCGAAAACAGGUCUCUAUGAGCAUGAUGAGCACCAAGACUUUGAUAUCUGGAGUGGAAAGGAGAAAGACUACUUGAGUGAACUGAGGGAGAUAGAAGAUGGUGACAGUUUCCAAAUUGAGAGGCUCAAGUUGCUUGUGAAGUCAAUGAGGCAGCAUCUCACGAACGUUCUUUGGAAUGUGGCUGUCAAAGACGCAGACCUGCUUUCGGAGAUAAAAACAGUAAAAGAUCUGUUGCUGCUGGGUAGAGGUGAAAUUGUUUCAGAGUUUAUUAAAAUGGCAAAUCCUAUCUUGAAGCAACCGCCUAACACAAGUCGACUUAGAGCUGCUCAAAAGUCGUUGAAAGAAGCUAUAUGCAGCAUUAGCACAAGGGACGAAGUUCUCCUCAACAAGUUCAUUAUGUAUUUUCAACUCGACUGCGAUUUGACUGGAUGGGACUGUAUCGCAUUGAAGUUCCAAGUAAAGUGGCCGUUGCACCUUCUUUUCACCGAAGAUAUGCUUGGAAAGUACAACUCGGUCUUCAGAUUGCUCUUGAAAGUCCGAAGGGCGCAAAGCAACUUGCUAGAAGUGUGGAAAAGACAAAUGGAGGACAAGAAAAUCAGGGGGUGCGAGGCUAAUACCCAGUUGGGGCAACUAAGGAGGAAUUUCCAGUUUGUUAUUGACAAUCUUCACCACUAUCUGCAGUUUGACGUGAUAGAGGUUCAAUUCUCUCAGCUGAUCAAAUCCAUCAAGGAAACCGACAGCUUCGAAGAGAUCAAGAACUUCCACUGUCUGGCCAUUGCAAACAUACUGACCCAAGCGUUCUUGCAAACGGCAGUGAAGCAAGAGGGCCUAGUGCAGAGCCAGCAUGCUGUUAUGAAUUGUUUGCAAACGUUCCUGGACAUGAACUUUGAAUUUUGCGAGUUUGCAAUGCAAGCGAUAGAAGGAGUGCAACCAUCCAGCAACGGCAUUGAAUCUAAGCUGUGCGAGCUAGAGCAUAACUUCAUGUCCCAAGUUGGCGUUUUGAAAAACAUGCUUACAAUUGUCCAGUGCCAAACUAGCGCGCUUGCUUUGAGCCAACUGCUUCUGCGCCUUGAUGUCAAUGAUUGGUUGAAGAAAAAUGUGAUUUCGUAGUUAUUAAUUAAAUAAACCGUCAAAUUGUAUUUUUUA